AUGCUUCUCGAUAAAAGUACUGACACAACAGUCCAACGUUCUGCUGUAGUAAAAGCCAAGGAAGAUGAGACCUUUAGUGGGGAUUUGUUCCAAGCUAAGAGAAGGCGAUCGUGUGCAGGGUCUAUGACUAUCUAUACAAGAGCCAAUGCCAGCAGAUACAGUUCGUGUACCUGUCGGAUCAUUGCCGCCCGCUUGGAUGUUCAUGUAGAAGGUCUGUUGAAAUGUACGUCAACUGACGAUGAGGAGCAUCCCACCUUGGAAUAUCUCCUGGUAGCUGAUGUGAUAAAGAAGUAUAAUUUAAUUAAAAACUCGGAAAGGGAAAGUGCUGGCUUGACCAGCUUUGAAACAAUUGAGAAGCUGUUUAGAAAGCUGCAUGAAGAGUUAUAUCCCCCGCCUGCCAUUUACCAGUUGGAGCAUUACAAACUGUGUCCAGCUGCUAAUGGUCAAGAUAUUGCAAGUACCUAUCCAUAA